UAGAUGGCAAAGUUGUGCACGACACAGCAAUAGGCAACAGAUGCUCCACAAAUAGCCUCGAUAGGUGAUCCAUUCUCUUAUGAGAUAAUUAAAGAACCCAUGCCUCCAUCAUUCAAGCCACCUUAGUUGAUAUGAGUGUUCCCUUCUAUACUGAAGAAAGCAACUCAAACCUGGUGGAUAAUCUGGAUGAAGGGGUGGCAAUACAUGCCUUGAUGAAUGGCUCGAAAGAUUGUGAUUUCUUGCAUUCUCUAAACAAAGAAGAACCAAAGAGCCUUAAAGACAUACUUAAUAGGUCAGAAGGCUAUAUUCAAGCUGAAGAGAGUGUCACAACCAAGAAAGGUGUGGCGAAGGAGACAGAACACCUCAAUUGGCUUGAAAAGCUUCAUAAUAAUGGUAACAAACGUGAUAGGACUCGUCAUUGUGCAUUCCAUGGGACCCAUGGUCAUGAUACAAAGGAUUAUAAGCAGCUUAGAAUGGAAAUUGAACGAUUAAUUCAUAAGGGAGCAUUGAGGCAAUUUAUAAGGCUUCCGAAAACUCAGAGGGGAGCAAGGAGAAUGGAAAGGUCGCAAGACAAUAGGGAAGUUGGCCUUUCUGGGAAAUCUGUGCUUAUAAUAGUGGUGGUUUCCACACAAGCAAUGAUGAUAAAGUUCCUUACACCGAAUGGGGUUGAAAUGGCAAGAGGGAAGCCUGUUGAAGUAUUGGAGCUAACACCACAAGCUCGAGAUCAAGUGCAAACAUUAGAACCUAACAAAGUGAUUAAGAAAAAGUACAAGUCAAAACAUUGGGAUCUGGUGGCUCUUGGAGAUAUUGUCAAAGAAAAAACUUUGAUAGUAGAUAGCCUAGACAUGAGGGAGGAAUUGAAGGAAUGUCGGACUGAGCCAAUUGAUGAACUAAAACCUGUGAUUCUUGAUCAGAGGAAGCCAGAGCGUACAGACAACAUUGGUGUAGACAUGGAUACAAGCUUUAUGGCACGAUUGGAAAAUUGCUUAAUGGAGCAUAAAGACAUUUUUGCAUGGUGUCUGGCAGAUAUGCCAGGUAUCGAUCCGGAGGUUGUAUGCCAUAGGCUUGAAGUUAACCCGGAUGUUGUUCCUAUUAGACAAAAAGUGCGACAACUUAGGGCUGAAAGGAGUGCGACAACAUUGGUGUAGACAUCCUUGUUUUCAAAAUGGGAAUUAGACUGUUUUACUCUUUUCUCAUGAUGAUUUAUUAAAAUAAUGUAGUUUUG